UAAAUUAUUGUUAUUAUUAUUAUUAUUAUUAUUAUUAAAAUAAUCAUCCUGCCUCAGAAGAAAGGAAGGUUUUUGGCAACUCUGGUUAAAAAAAAAAAAAAAAAAGAAAGACAACUUUUCAUCAAUGGCCUCUUUUGGAUAUUUCCUGUUUCUUUGUGGGUUGAGUCAGGCUCUGUCAAGUUACCCAAUCUGGUGGUCCUUGGCAAUUGGUCACCAGUAUUCCUCCCUGGGGACUCAGCCCAUCCUCUGCGGGAGCAUCCCAGGCCUGGUGCCCAAGCAGCUGCGCUUCUGUCGGAACUACUUGGAGAUCAUGCCCAGCGUGGCAGAAGGUGUAAAGAUUGGGAUCCAGGAAUGCCAACACCAGUUUCGAGGGAGGAGGUGGAACUGCACGACUGUCAAUGACAGCUUAGCCAUCUUUGGGCCCGUGCUGGAUAAAGCCACCAGGGAGUCAGCCUUUGUCCACGCCAUCGCCUCUGCCGGGGUGGCUUUCGCCGUGACCCGCUCCUGCGCCGAGGGCUCGGCCAACAACUGCGGGUGUGACACGCGCCACAAGGGCUCUCCUGGGGAGGGCUGGAAGUGGGGGGGCUGCAGCGAGGACGUGGAGUUCGGGACCACGGUGUCCCGGGAGUUCGCGGAUGCCCGGGAGAACAGGCCCGACGCUCGCUCAGCCAUGAACAGGCACAACAACGAAGCUGGAAGGACCUCUAUCAUUGAGCUCAUGCACCUCAAGUGCAAGUGCCACGGGCUCUCGGGCAGCUGCGAAGUGAAGACCUGCUGGUGGUCCCAGCCAGACUUCAGGGUCAUCGGCGACUACCUCAAGGACAAGUACGACAGCGCCUCAGAAAUGGUGGUGGAGAAACACCGGGAAUCCCGCGGCUGGGUCGAGACCCUCCGGCCCAAAUACAACUUCUUCAAGGCCCCAACUGAGAAGGACCUGGUUUACUACGAGAACUCACCAAACUUUUGUGAGCCCAACCCUGAGACAGGCUCCUUUGGGACCCGCGACAGGAUCUGCAACGUCACCUCCCACGGGAUUGACGGUUGCGACCUUUUGUGCUGCGGCCGCGGGCACAACACGAGGACUGAGAAACGGAAAGAGAAAUGUCACUGUAUCUUCCACUGGUGCUGCUACGUCCGCUGCCAGGAGUGCAUACGAGUCUACGACGUCCACACGUGCAAAUAAAGCAGGCAAAACCCUUCGCCGGGCUCCGAGUGGAGAAAUGGAUUUUGAGCCUACUUCCUCUGAGGUUGCAGACGUGAGAGAAGUCUACUUUUUUGAUAUUAAAAGAAUAAAAACUGGACAAAAAAAAAAUAAUAAUUAAAAUUUAAAAGGCUAAAACUGGUUGGAUAGAAUAGGUCUAAUGACUUCUGGGCUAUCCCGAGGUACAUCUGGCAGUCACACAAGUCCUGCCCCAACGCCAAUGCCUCCAGCAGGAGAACAGCUUUUUCCACCAGCCCUCAACACCGAGCUGGAUAAAAGAGCAUUAGCAAAAGCAUGGAUUUGCUUUGCUCUCACCCACCUGAAGUGACUCGUGUGAUUAAGUGUCCUUUGAAAGACUUGCAUCUUCCUAAGCAUCUCCUUUUCCCUCAGCCAGGCAGAGGCUGUGUUGAAGAGCAGCACUGAGCUUUCAGAGAUCUCUCUGCAAACCCAAAUGGCCAGACUGUGUAAUAUGAGCAACAGCAGCAAGAGAAAUAAAAGCAGAUAAAUUAAGGAUUUUUUAAACAAAGAACGUGACUACUUCUUUUGCCUUGGAACCAGGGAAGUCUACAAAUAUCUUAGAGAGCUGGAGAGUGGGCAAGCUCUUGAUGUGAACUUUUUAGCAUAGUAGCUUCUGCCAGAUUUGACAUAGGAUUCUGUGACAUCUUUAGAAAGGGAAGGAGGGAGAAGAGGAGGGAGAGAAAGAGAAGAAACUGCUGAUGACUUCCUGUAAAUGCUCUGUUGUCACAUAGGUGAUGUGCACAGUACAGAAAAGUUCAGUGUCUUGUGUGUGAAGAGGGCUCAGUGUGUGCUUUGAGAAGGACACUGUCCCACAACUGGGAAUGCUGCUCCAGCUCUCCAGCCUGGGACGUGGCUCAGCCAAUGAGUUUUCCUUGGAAAUACACGGUGCAGUGAGUCCCCUGGGGCUGGACACUCACUCCUGAGCUCAGGACAUCCAUCUCUUCAGCACCCCAGGGAAAGGAUGGAAAGGGAGAGCAUUCACCCUUCCCACCUCGUUGGGGAGUUUCGUCGCCAGCAGUGGAAAGUGCACUUAGUUCAUCCACUCUCUGCACCUGAUGCAGGCUUCCUGGGCACUUGGCAACAUCCUGAGCCCACAGGUCUGGUGGGAACAUGGAUCUGAAGGACUCAUUGUCACCCAUUAAUUUACAUGAGGGUGAACCAACCCACCGUCACCACCACACCCCACAAGCUGGAGCAGCCUCAGACUCAAGCCAAACCUUGUUCCACACCCAUUUCCUACAGCCAUUCCCACCUAUAAAAGUGGCACAGAUUAAAAUGGACAAACCCCAGAUUCUGAACCAGCCCAGAGUUUGGAUAAGUUUGGACACAGAGCCAAAUCCCAGCUUUGCAGUGCUGGACCAUCUCUGCUGCUCACACCUGACUCACCAUCUUUGCAUGUUGCUCUGCUUCCAGUUCCAGAUCAGGAUCGCAGUUUACAGAAACAGGUCUCACCUCCUCCAUGGUCAUCAGGACUUCCUUCAGGGUAUCAGGCAGGAGCUCAGCCCAUCACCUUGGCAUUUACAGCACUGUAACCCUGCUUGGCUUGUUCCUGAUCAAUACUGGGAUAAAUGAAGGGUGACCCAAGCAUGGAGUCGCAGCCUGUUUUAGCCCCAGAUGCACUUGCCCUGUGUCCUCUUUGCCUUUCCCCUGCUUUUGGGUUCCUAGCCUGGAAAAAGGACAAUGGAUCAGUGCUUAUUCUGUCUCUUCAGUCCAGGAAGGGAAACAGGGCAUGAGUAAAUUCCUUUUUCAUGGCAAUGUAAUCAUGGCUGUUGGCUGGUUCACUCCUGGAAAUCUUUGUAGAGAAACCAGAGUGCUCCUCUCUGCAUGUCAGCCUUUUCCCAGGAACCAAAGGAGGGAGUACACAGAAGAGGAAGAAGGGAACAAGCAGAGCUUAAUCCCAUCAGAGAGAAAACAGGAGGAAAUGAUGCCUCCGAGGACUGACUCUGAGUCACGGUGUCUCCUGGGACUAUUCCUAGGCUGGUGCAGUUUAUGCAUCACCCAUUUGUCUCAGGGCUGUGCCCAAGGGCACAAGCAAGAUUUGCUUAUUGAUGGAGGCACUUCUA